AAAAUGAGUAACAGUAGAGAUAGUCUUGAAAUCCGUACACAUUCCAAUUCGAGCACCGCCGCCGAAACCUACGCCAACGAUGUCGAGCAACAGAAUAACGAGAAAACAGAGAUACAGCCUGCUGCACCGGGAAGCGACAAACAUAGCCCGCAGACAACGGAAGAUCCAGAGAGGCACGAAUAUGCGACACCUCGGGAGCUAAGCCUACUCUCGACAGUAUUUACCAUCGCGACAUUUAUGAUCGCGAUCGAUGGCAGCAUCGUCGCAACGGCAAUUCCGCACAUUACGAGCGAUUUCCACCGGCUCGACGAUGUGUCGUGGUACGGGAGCGCGUAUCUGCUUACAGAAAUGUCAUUCCAACCUACGUUUGGGAGGUUGUAUAGUCUGUUUGACGCGAAGAUACUUUACUUAGCAUCUAUUCUAAUCUGCAACGCUGCAGCGCCCACCUCCUCCGCGUUGAUUGUAGGCAGAACUGUCUCCGGCGCGGGAGCUGCUGGCCUGCUUUGCGGUAGUCUGGCAGUGUUUGGGAGGUCGGUGCCUCUUAGAGCUAGACCUUUCGGAAUGGCUCUUGUUACCAGUAUGUAUGGUGUUGCCGGAGUGCUGGGGCCGACUGUUGGUGGGCUUAUUACAGAUACGCGGCGACUCACUUGGCGAUUCUGUUUCUGGUAUGAGAUUAAUCUGCCGGCUGGCGCUGUGACCUUUGCGAUCGCCUGUUGGGUUUUCAAGAGAAAAGAACCACUCCACGGUCAACUGUCGCUGCGCGAGAAAUUCAAAAGACUCGAUCUCUUCGGCGCAUGUCUUCUCACAGCAGGUCUAGUAGCACUUUUCUUCGCCCUCCAAUGGGGCGGAAGCAAAUAUUCCUGGUCGAGCCCAAAGGUCUACGCCUGCGUCAUCGUAUCUGGAGUACUCGUAACCGUCUUCGUAGUCCUCCAAACACUAAAGAAAGAACAAGCCACAAUCCCUAUGCGCAUCUUAACACAACGUACUGUCGGGAUGAGUUGCAUUUUUAACCUCCUGACAGGCAUGGCCUACAACACCCACAUCUACUACCUGUCCUUCUACUUCCAAUCCGCUCUCGGCACCUCCGCUGUCGUCUCCGGUCUUCGCUGUCUCGCCUACGGCAUCCCGGGCUCCAUCGCAAUCCUCAUAACCGGGUUCUGUAUUUCCGCAAAGGGAUACUACGUCCCGUUUAUGUGGCUCGGGACUAGUAUCUUCAUCGCCGGCUGCGUACUCCUCCACACGCUCGACGUCAAUUCGUCCGUAGGGCACUGGCUGGGGUACCAGAUUUUAACGGGCGCGGGGAUCGGCCUCGCGGAGCAAGUCCCCUUCAUUGCAGUCCAAGUUGUACUGCCCCCCUCUGAUAUGCCCACCGCCUGCGCCCUCGUCGUAUUCUCGCGCUGCCUCGGCGGCGCCGUCGGGCUCAGUGUGGCAUCCAAUCUCUUCUCCGGCGCACUGAUCCAACGCCUCCAAAACACACAGGGCCUAAAUAUAAACGUCAGCGCAAUAUUAGCCGCAGGGGCGUCGGAUCUUUCGGAUAAGGUUCCGGAGACGCUGUUGCCGGCGGUGAGGAGGGCAUUCGCAGCGGCCGUGCAGAGAGCCUUUGUGAUGCCGAUUGUGGUCGCGGGGCUGGGCUUGGUGUGCAGCUUUAGGAUGCAGAGAAGGUACAUUCCUGAUGAUCGGAUUAAGGGCACAGAGGGGGAGAGUCAAGAGGGUUCUAUGACGCCGGGGCAGGAGGAGGGUAGCGGUGAGAAGGCGGGGUGAAACGCUAGAAGC